UUUCACGUGCAAGCUGGUCCGGAGAUCCCUCGGCAGAAGUUUUCAUACAUCCCGGUUCUUGGCUUCAGGGCACGCCUCUAAGAAUGAGGAGGAGGGAGCAAUGCCUUGACCGACAUCACCACGUUUGAAUCCUAGCCAGGUUACACCAAUCCGUUUUGCCUCGUGCCUCAAUGGCUGUGGCAGAAAGCAUCCGUCACUUAAUAGGUGAUAGUGAGACGUCCAACAUCUCUCGAGUUAGGACAUCCCCUCCUCUCUCCCGGGACGGUUAGAAGCCACUCAGCAGUCCCCACUUGGGGCAGACUUCCCGAAGGCGACACAGGCUCAGGGUCGCUCCACCAUCCGUGAUCAGAUGAUUCAUUAGAAGGUGGAGGGAAAUCCAGUGGCCCGCCAAUAGGACCCUGGAUUCUAAUCCGACCUCGCCACGCCUGCUCCUCUGGGUAACUCCUUUCCGGACCAUCCCCGACAUGCGUCCGACAGAAAGCAUGACACCAUCAGCGCACACCCCCGUGCAGUCAUCGGUUAUCAAUAACGGGUUGGUGGUAGGGUCGUGUCCCAUUCAGAAAGCCUAUGCCCUUGCCAAAGACUCGCACUAAGGUCAUCAAUCGGUUUUUCCACCUCGUCGGGAGCACCUCCACAAGAAUCGCCCCGCAGACAAAUCCCUGCGGGUACCGGGCGUGUGGGGAUGCUUCCCUUGGGUCCUGGUUCGUUCUAGAAUCGUACCAUGACAUGGGAAAAUUUACCAGUGUGGCGAGGGUGGUAGAGCCGAGCUUCUCCCUUUCUCUUCAAGUACGUGACAAACCCGAGAUAGGGGGGAAAAAAAAGAUGUUGCAAGUGAAUCAGGUCACAGACUCUCUCACCGUCACGGUUACCAUCCUCGGUGGCUCGAAGCGUCCGUGAUGAAAGGAGAACCUCAAACCCCAAGGUCCAGUUCCUCCCUGCGGUCAGAGGAGUUUUACAGAAUCAGUUCACGCACGUAAAGAAGCCCACCAAGGGGCUGGAGAGAUGGCCCAGGGGUUAAGAGCACUGUCUGCUCUUCCAAAGGACCCAGGUUCAACUCCCAGCACCCACAUGGCAGCUCACAGCUGUCGGAAACUCCAGUUCCGGGGACCUGACACCUUGGUGCCAAUGCGCCUCGAAAGAGCACGCAGCCCCGGAGAGGAACCCCACGAACAUCACUGGCUCGAGGAAGCCCGGAGCCACCAACGGCCUCGAACCCGGACCCGGAGACGCUGGACACGCCGAGGGGAGAAGCCCUACAAGUGCAAGGAGUGCGAAAAGGCCUACGCGUGCGCCAGCAGCCUCCGGAGGCACGAGAAGGCCCACGCCGGAGAGAAGCCCUACGAGUGUUCCCAGUGCGGGAAGACCUUCCUGUACCACAGCAUCCUCCAGAUGCACCAGAAGACGCACACCGGGGAGAGGCCCUACAUGUGCAGCGAGUGUGGCAAGGCCUUCGCCUUCCGGAGCCACCUCCGGAGUCACAGGAGGACCCACGACGGGGCCAGGCCCUACCGGUGCGACCAGUGCGGGAAACUCUUCACGUGCAACAGCAGCCUGCAGAGGCACAAGAGGACGCACACCGGGGAGAGGCCCUACGGGUGCCAGCACUGUGGCAAGGCCUUCGUGUACCAGCGUCACCUCCUGAUCCACCAGAGGACCCACACCGGGGAGCGGCCCUACCGGUGCGGCGAGUGCGGGAGAGCCUUCGCCUGCCACAGCAGCUUCCGCAGGCACAAGAGGACCCACACCGGGGAGAGGCCCUACGGGUGCCACUACUGCGGCAGGGGCUUUGCCCGGCUGGGCAGCCUCCGGAUCCACAGGAGGAUCCACACCGGGGAGAAGCCCUACCAGUGUGACCUCUGCGACAAGGCCUUCGCCAGGCAGGGCAGCCUCCUCCUGCACAGCAGGACGCACUCGGGAGAGAGGCCCUACAGGUGUGACCAGUGCGACAAAGCCUUCGUGGGCCACGGGAGCCUCCUGUGCCACAAAAGGAUCCACGCCGGGGAAAGGCCCCUGGGGUGUAACUCGUGGGAUGAGGACCCCGUGACCCAGUCAUCAGACACAUAAGUGGAGAAAGAGAGAGAGAGAGAGAGAGAGAGAGAGAGAGAGAGAGAGAUGCCCCUUGAGUUUAACCAGUAUGGUAAGAUAAGAGAAGACGCGGUGGAGAGAAGACAUUGUGAAUGUAACCAGCGUGGUAAGGCCCUUGCGCAUCCACCAAGCCACGGAAGGAAACCACGCCGGAGGGGAGACCCUGGGAAUGUAUCCAAGAUGGCAGAAACACAGUCUUCUCGUUUUCAUCCAUCUGGUAGAGGCGCUGUUCUGGCCCAAGCGCAGGACACACUCGGGAGAGAGAGAGACCCUACGGGUGUGACCAGUGCCACAAAGCCUUCGUAGGCCACGGGAGCCUCCUGUGCCACAAAAGGAUCCACGCCGGGGAAAGGCCCCUUGGGUAUAACUCGUGGGAUGAGGACCCCGUGACCCAGUCGUCAGACACAUGAGAGAAGACACGGUGGAGAGAGAGAGAGAGAGAGGGAGAGAGAGACGCCCCUUGAAUGUAACCAGCAUGGUAAGGCCCUUGUGUAUCAUGAUGAUCCACCAAGCCACGGAAGGAAACCACGGAGAGGGGAGACCCUGGGAAUGUAUCCAAGAUGGCAGAUGCAGUCUUCUUGUUUUUAUCCACGUGGUAGAGGCGCUGUUUCGGCCUAAAGGGAUACCACCAGUCUCUACCCGAUACCAAUGGCUUUCUAGAACGCCCUUUCCCAGCAGAUCGAUCAGGGCCACGGUUGGGACUGUGACCCCAACCUGCUCUCGUGUGGGGAAGCCGAGUGAGUGCAGAAGACGGGGGUGGGGGGGCAGGAAAACGCUUCGGCUGGGCAGGAGGAGGGUCAUCGGCUCAACUUUUCAAGACGGUGAUUAGUUCUAGGGGAGGCAGGCGAGGGUCUUGCAAAGGGCAGCCCCCAUAGGGGCCAGAUUCGUGCGAGCAGAGUGCACCCAAGGGCGUAGCUAGCGAAACCGAGUCGCGACCCUCUUGACACUCUUGGAACAUCCGGAGCUGGGGUCAGCCGGACCCUCUGGCAGGGUCUGCUGGUGGAAGGCCGUAGCCGUGUCUCAAAGCAGAUGUCGACAAUCCAGGCCUUCGACAAUGUGACUUCGUAGUAUAAGCAAUCAAAUUCUUAUUAUCUAGCAAGAUAGCUCGGCGCGCUAUGGCUGUGUGUGUGUUCCUUGACGUCACACGGUUCUCUAAGUGUCCACUAGUUAUGCUUUUGGCGCCUCAACUUGACUUCUCCGGGAGAUAGAGAGAGAUGCUAGACGAUGUAAUAACAAUGAUAUUUAUUAAAAAAAAUUUUUUUUU